GUACAAGAGCUCCCUAAUUGGAUAUCAAGGCAGAGAAACAUGAGAUUGCCAAUUCUUCCCGCGUGCUUCAUUUUCGUGAUUGCUCUUGUGACGAUUCCAGUCACCGGGGAUCCGCAAUGUCAGCACGGCAAUGAAUGUGCAAACGAUUCCGAAUGUUGUACGGGUUGCUGUAUCGACAACAAGUGUGCCGACAAUCCAAAAUGGUGUCCAUGUUCUGAAUGGCAAUCACCGUGUGACAAGGAAACGCAAGUAUGUGUGCCGCAUAAAGUACAGUGUGUAAUGGCCCCUUGUUACCCACUUCACAAUUGCCUUCCGCGUGUUAAACUCUACCGAGAUAAGUCCAAAUACCAUUAAUUCGCCACCAUACGAAUGAGUUAUGCGUGUUAACGAUGUGAUAAGCAAAUACACAGCUAU